AUGUACAAGUUGGCUGGAAAAUUGAAGAAAUGUAGACAUCGAUUAGUAGACUGGCAAAAGAUCUCAUCUUCAAAUUCAAAGAACCGAAUAAUCAACCUCAAAGAAAGCAUUGCUGCUGAAUCUGAAAAAGGGGAACAAGCCAAUCCUAUUGAUCUAAGGGUGAUGGAGUCUGAAUUGGAGGAAGCAUUGGAGAGUGAAGAGAGAUACUGGCGGAAGAAAUCUAGGAUAAAGUGGCUAAGAUGGGGGAAUAGAAAUACAAAGUUCUUCCAUUCCAAGUUUAAAACAAGGAAUAGAAGAAAUAAAAUCCAUCAUCUAGAGGAUGACGAAGGUAAUACUGCUACUACUUCUGAAGGCAUCGCUGAAAUGACCCAAAAAUACUUUGAGAAGCUCUUUAAUUCGAGCAAUCCGAAAGACCCAAAGGAGGAUAUUCAAGGAAUCCCUCAGAAGAUCGAUAAUACAACUAAUAGGAUGCUGGUCCAAAUAGUAACUGAGAAGGAAAUUAAGUCAGCUGUUUUCUCUAUUAACUCCUUUUCAGCCCUUGAGGAUGAUGGUUUUACUGCUAAAUUCUUCCAGUUCUUUUGGAAAACAAUAAAAAAGGAUGUAUGUCAAGCUGUCAGAAGUUUCUUUCAGAGAGGAAGAUUAAUUAGUGAUAAUGUCUUAAUAGCUCAUGGGUUUAUGCAUUUCUUGAAAAACAAGAGCUAUGGUGAAAUGGAGAUGGAUUUGAAAUUGGACAUGAGUAAGACAUACGACAGGGUUGAGUGGUCUUGUGUUUGGGUCAUUAUGAGGAAAUUGGGUUUUUGUAACAAAUGGAUGAAUUGGAUUAAGGAGUGUGUGAUGACAGUUUCGUACUCUGUUACUGUGGAUGAGGGCCUCUCCCAUAUGCUCCACAGAGGAGAACAGAGGCUAGAGUUUUCUGGAAUACUGCGUACCCUACGAAACUACGAGGAAAUUAGCGGCCAAGUGGUAAAUAUGGAUAAGUCAUCGGUGUUUUUCAGUAAAAACACUCUUCUUCCUAUCCGAGAUCAAAUAGCUACCAUUCUUCAAGUUCCUCAUGUUGGUAAUCAAAACAAAUACCUGGGUUUACCAGCAAUCGUCCAGAGAUCAAAGAGAGCUACUUUUAAUUACAUUAAAGAAAAGGUUAAUCAGAAGCUACAACAUUGGAAGAGGGCACUAUUGUCACCAAGUGAGAGGGAGGUUUUGAUCAAAGCGAUGGCUACAGCUGUUCCGUUAUAUACGCUUAGCUGUUUUAAGCUCCAUGAGACACUUUUAGAUGAACUGCAAUGA